AAAAAAAAAAAAGGAAAAAAAAAAGAGGGAAGUUUGGUAAAACAUUCAAAACCGGCGCCGGUUCGAUCAGUCAAUCAAACCAGCUUCGUCCUUGUUCAGUCACACUGACUCUCCUCUCUUAGGUGCAUUUUUUCAAACACUUGGCUGUCACCUCCCAUGCCGCAUCAAUGUCCUUUAGAAGCUUCAGCAAAGUUCUCCGUUCCACCCCCAAAAUUGUGAACAAGAAAUCCACCCGCCCUCCUACCGCCACCGCCUCCUCCGGUUCCUCUGCGGAGGACCUUGCCUUGAAGAAGUACGUCUCCAGCAUCGACACCUCCACCUCUAAAUCUAUCCGACAAAAUUUGAGCAACUUCAAGUCACCUAUAUCCGAUUCGCCGUCUCUGCCUUCUUCUUCUCACAAGCGUCUCGGAGAUGUUUCUGGCUUUGGAAACUUGACACUCCUAUCUGCAGCUGAGAACGAGGAGGACUCGGUAAGGCUGCUUACGGAGGAUAUUACUUCAUGUUUUGAUGGUAAGGAAAUAAUACAUUGUUCUCUGCUUUCUGAUUAAUUAGUGCUGUGCGCGUGGGUUAAAAUAUGUUCAUCCCAUAAUUUGAUCUCUUUUAAAAGAUUUUGAACAUAUCAUGGACCUUGGGAUUUGUGCUUGUGUGAUGAUUUGGAAUACAUCUCGGGCCAUCUGGCUAUGUCCAUAUUAUCCCAAACAUUGUGGUUUUCCGUUUCAAUUAGUUUCUUCAGCUUAUAGGCAUCCUGAAAUUCGAGCAUGUAAUCAUAUUUGAUCAAUAAACUGCUUUAACUUUGGUCCUUAUACUAUCUGCAUAGCUGAUUUGGUUGAAUUUCGUGGCUGAGCAGGUGUUAUAGAUGUUGAUUCAAGUUAUUCACCUAAUUCACCUGUUGAUAGUUAUGGUACUGUUUCAUUAACAUCUUGGGAAACAAGCGCCACAACCACCAGGCUAAUCUUGCGUAGGAAAGAAUCAACUCGGGACCGUAAGGCAAAAUAUGCCUUCAGGGCUCAUCAAACAAGACGAUUUGACCAGCUUGUUAAGAUGUGUGGGCAGAAGUUGGGACCUGAUAGCACUAUUGAAAUUCUCACUAGAUUUGGACGAUCAACUGGAGUAAAGGAUUGUACCUCAUUAUUACAAGUUUGCGUAGAAAAAGCAAGGAAAACCGAUGAUGAAGAAGUUUCUCUGCACCAGAUAUUUAAGGCCUACAAAAUUCUAGAGUUUAUGAAGGAAAGAGGUUACCAAAUUGAGGAAAAAUCUUAUGGCGUGGUCCUGAGUUAUUUAAUUGAUUUUGGCCUGGUUCAGGAGUUCCAUCUCUUUAGUGACCUUAUCAGAGAUGCGAGUUUGGGUCCUAGCUUAGCUUACUAUGAAAUGCUUCUCUGGAUUCGAGCUGAAGAUGAUGAAAAGAUACAGGACCUUUGUUAUAAUCUAGCUUUGUAUGAUGGUGAUGAUAAGUCCUCCUUUCAGCAAAAUUUUCUGCUUGCUUUUUGUGAUGGUGACCGGAAAAAAGAGCUUCUGCCACUGUUAGAAACUUUUGAUAUUAUGGAAGUUUCCUCUAUGGACGACGCAUCAAAGGUUUUUAAAUCUCUGGGAAAGUUAUCAUUGGAUUCUGUGGCAGAAAGAUUUCUUUUGACGUUCAAGGUAAAUGAUAUCAAAAUGGACGAUAUUUCAAGAUUUAUCUUUGACUUUGUAGUUAGCAAUGCAGAUUUGGCUGUCGAAGAUGUGAUUUCUAAAUUUAAAACUUUGCAUGCAACAUUGGAGAUGGUGCCUGCAUCCAAGUAUUAUGAGAAGUUGAUUCGGUAUUGCUGUGAAACAUUUGAGGUACACUGGGGGCUUGAUGUAGUAGACGAGAUGUUCAAAGUUGGAUUACUCCUGUCACUGGAGACAUUUCAUUAUCUAUAUGCUGUGUGUGAGGACAAGAAGGAGUAUCAUUUGGUUCACCGCAUUUAUUCCACGAUGUCAUCCCAUGGAUUGGAACCAGAUGUUGAAACUUUCAGGAGGAUGAUAAAUCUUUGUGUGAGAAUGAGAGAUUUUGAAGGUGCAUAUGCCAUGGUUGCAGAUAUGCAAAGAUUGAAUUUGGUUCCAAAUGUAAGCAUUUACAAUGCCAUCAUGGCUGGAUUCUUCCGGGAGAAAAACAUUAAAGGUGCAUUGACUGUUCUCAAACAAAUGCAAGGCGCGAAUGUCCAGCCAGAUUCUCAUACAUACAGUUAUCUUUUAACUAAUUGCACUUGUGAGGAGGAUAUUCUUGUGAUUCGAGGACAAAUGGAGCAGUCUGAUGUUACAUUCACGAAGCAUGUAUAUAUGGCCAUGAUAAAUGCGUAUGCAGCAUGUGGACAGUUCGAGAAGGCUAAGGAGGUGAUAUCGGUGCUGGUCGAAGAGAAUAAACAGAUUAAGCUCUUGAAUUUAAAUGAGAUAAAAAGUGUGUUAGUUUCCGCUCUUGCUUCCAAUGGACAAAUGUCUGAUGCUCUAGACGUGUUCACUGAAAUAAAGCAAGCAGGAUGUGUUUUAGAGCCAAAGGCUGCAAUUUGUUUGAUGGAACAUUUGGAUACCGAGGGAGAAUUGACUAGAUUGCUCGAAAUUCUUGAGGAACUAAAGGAGUUAUUACAUUUUUGGGUUGAUGGAUGCAUCAGGGUUAUUUUGUACUGUGUUCGUCGUCAUAAGCAUCUAAAAACCGCUAUAGAUUUGCUUGAACAAGUUGUGGAAAAAGGCAAAAUGGAAGCAGAUGUUGGUGGGAGUGUUUUUGAUAGGGUGUUUUGCGAAUUCGCAGAGACUGAACCGAGGGAAAUGCAGUUUGGUAUGGAUUUGCUUCAAGCUGUCAAGAUGAAAUUCAAUACCCGGCUGUCUCGGAAAAGUCUCGAUUUCCUCCUUUCGGCUUGCAUCAGUGCCAAUGAUUUGAGAAGUUGUUUUCUGAUUUGGAAAGAAUACAAGGAAGCCGGUCUCCCCUACAACGUUCUAAGUUAUGUUAGAAUGUAUCAGGUACUUUUGGCAUUGGGAGAUAACAAGUCUGCUGAAGGUAUUCUGAAUAAAAUACCAACAGAUGACUAUCAUGUUAACCUUGUCAUCCAAGCUUCUCAAGCAAAGUAUAUAAAAGCUGACUCUCCAGACGAGAAGAAAAAUAAGAAGAAGAAAAAGAAGAAGAAAAACAAAGUUGUAGGAUAGCAUUUUCCAGGGGUAAAAUGGAAAGCCAGAGUACUGAAUCAUUUUUUGUUCAUUAGCUAGCCACUGAAUUUUUUGUAGUCAUCGAAAGUUGAAAAGGUUAAUCAUAUCCAAUCCUCUUUCUGUCUGCAUACAUCAUGUUCACGCUUAGUUUUUUGUUUUUUUUUUUUCCCUUUUCCCUCCCUUUCAGCUCUCUAUAACCUUGCUUCUUAAUCCAGGUUGUUAGAACUGAUCCCUUUUUUAUUAGAAGUCAUAAAAUCUUAUUACUGCAGAGAGAUUAAAGAGAAAAACAAAAGAUGAUAUUCAUUAAGGACAUAGUACAGGAACACAACGAACUCACUCCUUUAGUAGUCAAUACAUUCUCAAUACAUCAUCAUGUUAAUCAUCGAAAACAGGAAAGGAAGUUCCUUUUUAGGUUUCAGUCUUGAAAUUCAGACUAGAACAUCAAGAUUGCAGUAUCUUAUCCUUACCGGUUUAAGCUACUUGAUUCAUCUUGACUGUAUAUCUAACGUCAAGACCUUCUCCCUUCCAAAGUUCAGAUAUAACUCUUGCUGCAUGUUUUCAAAAGGAAUUAGCAACAAGAAUGGCUUGCCUGCAUCUGGCUUUAGCCUGUUCAAGUCUCUCAUUCAGCGUUUCUUCUUUCACAGCAGCUCUGACCAUUGACAAAUCCAUCUCCAUUAGCUUCAAAACUCUGGACAGCUCAGUAACCAUCCUCUCUUCAACUUUCCCUUCAUCUCUCAACACUUCAGCUUCUUCUCUCGCUCUCUCGGAAACAAUUUCCCCUGCUUUCGCCAACAGAGUCGUCGAACCGAAUUCCCUCCCCAUAAGUCCUUCCAACUUCUCCAAGAAAUCCAUAAUCACAUACCCAACUGGCUUUUCAGUACUAAUUGGAACUGUUCUUUUCCACCCAAUCUCGAAAUUCGGUGGCUCUGGUUUUGCAAUGCCAGUUCUGGACUGUCUUUCCCGGGUUAUGUCUGAUUUUCUUCUUUUUUCGAUGGGGAAUUUUUCUGGGCUGUUUGUAGCCAGUGAGCUGGGAGCUGGAUCAGGGAAGGAGUCAUCAGAAACAGAGUCAGUGGAGCAUUUUACACGGAAUUUUCUUGGGUGUUUGGGAUGAAAUGUAGCUGGAAACGACUUGUUGGAUGGCUUUUGGUUUUGGGUUGGAUGAGAAUGAACUGAAUGAAAAUAAUAAGCAUGUCGAAGGAGCUGGAUGACAUUGGAAGCCAUGGAUAUUUUUGGUGGUGAGCAAACUGUCCAGUAGAAGAGCUGGCUGGGUUAAUCAUUCAGGAUAAGGUUUCUUCUGCAUUUUGCAUAGCCGAAGACAUUAUUAAUAAAUAUCUCUUGUUUGAGAUAAAAUUGGACUGUUUUGGUAAAUAUAUAUAUAUAUAUAUCAGAAUUACCACUCCAUUAAGAAUAUAUCAUGCUUGACAUCCUUGCAUUGCAUCAGUUU